AUGCGUGGUGGAGGGCGGCCCUCCGUCGCGACGAUUGAGCUGCUGGAAGCCAUCAACCAUGCAGAGGAGCGCGUCACGGCGGCAUGGACGCGCGUUGGUCUCGCGGAGGUUGACCGGCAGAAUAAGUGGAACGGCUUUGUUGAGGGGCGACUCCGCCCUUUUCUUGACGACUACGUUCGUAUGCAGGAGUCGGAGGAAGUAGCCAUUGCCGCAGGAAAUGAUCGGCUCUUUCGUGAGAUGUUUUUUGCCUCGUUGCGCUUGAAGGAACUUCCUCGGUCGAAGGAGUUGGCGCAGUUAGUGGAGGUGGUGCUGUCGCAGAGGACCAUGAACAGCACAGUCGGCGAGGAACAAACAGAUAGACACUACGGUACGAUUCCCAAGGCGAUUGGUUGGGACAACAGCGGGGAUCCACUUGGGGACGGCGAGGCGAGGGAGCGUGACAGCUCCGUGAGACUGCCGUCAUUCGUUUCCGUUGUGGCGGCGUUGUCGGUGAAAGGGGAGGAGGGCUUCUGCUCCCGCAGCGCCUCUAUCCCGUCCCGCGCCCGCGACGACGUUCCAUAUGUACACCCUGACCACGAGAGCCGAAGCCCAUCGAUCCCAACACCUGACGGCGUUUCCGCACAAGACGCGGCAUGGGCUGCGUUUCGGCAGCUGACGCGAAGCAUGACGCAUCAGCAGCUGCAUCGCAACCUGGAGAGCGAGGUGGAGCGUAUGAAUGCGCUUGCUGACACACGACUUCAGCAGUUGUGUUUGCUGUACAAGCAGCGUGCCCUGCUACGUCUUUCGCCGCAGGAGCAGGCAUGGAUGCGUGGAAAAUACGCCGAAAAACUUCUUUCUGGAGAAAUGCAUAAACAGUCACGCAAAGGGCAGCAACCAACAGCGGCGGUGUCAACAACUGGAUGUGGCAGCUGCUGCAGCAAUACCCGUGAGGGAGGAAUCGUGGCCCAAGGCUCAUCCUGGGGUCGUACCACUGCCUGCCGAAGUUGUCACUCCGUCACGAAGGACGAGUUAGACCUCCUCUCAGAUUUCUUGCCUGAGCGGCUGCGUGUAGAACGUGAAGGCCCACGGCCGUGCGGGCACAGCAAGGAUGAGGCACCCGGCGCGGAGUCACAGGAGGAGUUCUCAGGACGUGAAACAAUCUUUGAGGUGGAUUUGGGGGAUGUGACUCGGUUUGGCAGGCGCCAAGACUUGUCGUUGGCCCGCAUCGAUGCGGAAACUCAAGAAAUCUACGAUGAAAUUGUCGCACAGAACGAGCAUAUGGCCGCCCAGGCGGAGAAGGAGCUGCAGUGCGUUGAGGAGGUGUGGCAAUUGUUUGAGGACGGCGUAGGUGGCGUCGCUAGCGGGAUGCUAUCCACGAGGGAGGCGGCGGCGGAGGACAGCGACGGUGUCGUGCGAAGUGUCCCGUCGAGACAGGAAUUCCACUACCGCAUCAUGCAAAUGCGCCGCGAGUAUGAAGACCGAGAGGAAGCUGUGGAUGAGACGUUUAAACACCUGACAGAGCCUGCGCAUGGCAUCGUCGGUAGCAACAGCAACGGCGGCGGCGAGGGGGAGGAGGAGCGCCACAGUGGCAAUAGCAGCACCAACAACAAUAACAGCAGUGGCGCCACGUUUCCCGUACUUCGAACGACGCCCAUCGCACGGCCGCCGGAGUGUUCGAAUUGUCUGGCUAAUAUCUCAGAGGGUAAUCGCAUGAGCGCCGCUGCCACGGCAGGAAAUGCUGCCGGUGGCAUCACAAAUCAGCUUCCAGCGCCGCUGGUUAAACUGUUCACCACCCGCUCCUACGCGCCCAUUCUUGCCUACAUUGUUGCAGUGCGGGAAGAACUGCAACGUCGUUUGCUUCAGGGUCAUAUUCAGUGCGCCCAGGAUGUUACCUCACAACUUACAGAGCUUUAUCGCUGCUACUUUGAAAAAACCCGCGAUACGGCGUACUACGUGGCACCUGACUACUCGCAGUGGCUGCAGGAAAACGCCGAGGUGGUGGUGGUGGGGGUGGGGGCGGCGGACAAGCGAGCUUGGCCUCACCCACCCCGUGCCGACGAGGCAAGUAGUGGGAAAGGGCUAUGGCAACAGUUUUUGGCCGCAUUUACGCCCCGAGACUGUAAUGACAUUCUCUGUGAACGUAUUGCGGAGGUGCGACACGUUGUCAAUCGGGCCAGCGCCGAGGCCAAUCUUCUGCGCCGUCGUUUACAGAUACUUGACGAGGUGGAGCCGCUGCUUCAGCGGCGGUCUGAAAUUAUCGCGCAGCAGUGCGCCAUUCAGGAGGGCAGCCGGGAUCGCCUGCUUAGCAAAAAGAUCAACAUGGCAAAACAGCUGUUGUUUGAGGAAAACGCACGCCGUCAAUUUGCACGGGAACUGCCAAAGAUUUACGAGCAGCUGGAGGGAUUGCUGUGCCAGUGGAAUGAGACGGUGGAAACUGACGAGGGUCAUCCUCACAGCAACGGCACCCGUGUGGUCAGGCGAUUGGUUCUGCACGGCACCGAUAUUGAGGAUAUUGUGCGGCAGUUUCGCGACGACGCACACGCGCGCGGUCGCUGUGGCUGCUCUCCGCCACCCACUCGAAGGGACGUUACUGGAUUCUUGACACCGCAUCGAACACCGUGCGUGGCACACUCAAUCACCCACCACAAGGCUCACUCUCAUCACGUGCACGUGGAAAAGCAACAUGAACAAAAAUACGCAGCCGAUGCCCUGUCGCCGCCGCCGCGCUCCAUCGUCGUGAGUUCCUCUGCACAGAUAACACCUGUACGUACGAAGGUGCACGCCGCAAAGAAGAGUACCCACCCUGCGAGUAGUGUCAGCCCCGUUCCAGUGAAGCGGACGGCGCUAGUUGCGUGUCGACGAGGCGUUCGAUCGGUGCCGUCGGUGAAUGAGUUCUUGCAGCGCCAGCCACGUGUUGUCCCAGCCACGUGCAGCUCCUCCAGAAGUAAACCAACGUCGGCGUCUUCACGAGCCAACACCCCUAUGAAAAAGUGA